GAAAUGUGAGCAUGCGCCGUAGUGGUGAGGCCUACUCUGUGAGGGAGGGCAGCGAAGGAGAGAGUGCGCGAAGGGUGGUGUGAGGUUGGCAGGUUUGCUGUCAUGCCGAAUGUAGUGGAGGUGCCUUCGCUGGAGGAACUGGAAGUGCCGCAGGUGAGAGUCAGCUCAGCAGUACUGAAAGCAGCCGCUCACCAUUAUGGUUCUCAGUGUGACAAAACUAACAAGGAGUUUAUGCUUUGCCGCUGGGAGGAAAAAGACCCACGGAAGUGUUUGAAGGAAGGCAAAGAGGUCAACACGUGCGCCUUGGAAUUCUUCAGGAAGAUCAAGUUGCACUGUGCAGAACCUUUUACCCAAUAUUGGACCUGCAUUGAUUACAGUGCGCUGUUGGAACUUCGCCAUUGCCGAAAACAGCAGAAAGCCUUUGAUGACUGUGUGCUAGAGAACUUGGGCUGGGUGAGACCUGAUUUGGGGCAGCUGUCCAAGGUCACCAAAGUGAAGACUGACCGGCCUCUUCCUGAGAAUCCCUAUCAUUCCAGGCCAAAACCACCACCAAACCCACCAGUUGAAGGAGAGCUGAAACCUGCUUUGCAUGGUAGCCGGCUAUUUUUCUGGGGCUCAUAAAAACAAAACAAGGAGUGGGGACUCCAAAACAAUAAGAAGCUUCUUGUCUAACCCAAAUUACUAUUUGUUGUGUAUAUUGAAUGAUACCCAUCAUUGGAAAUUAAAAACAUACUUGACUUGUC